UAAAGGGGAGGAGACGAGCGGGACAGACCUUGGAGGAGCAAUGGCCAUCUAUGGUACGGACGGAAAUAAUUGUUGACAAAAAUGUUCGUAUUAAUAUAACUGUGGAAGUGCGCUGUGGGUUUCAUCGUGUUAACCAAAGCACGACGACCCAUUGUUCGGAAGGCGGACCUUCCCCUUUAACUCCGCCACCUCGCCACUGUCGGCAUAACACAACAGUCAGCAGGACCCCUUGUAUCGGUGUCUCACCUCUCGUCCGUCCGUGUCCUCGUCGUCGGCAAACGGCGCCACUCCCUGCCAUGCCCCGCGUCGCCUCGCUGCUAUCCGCCCUGCUGUUCGUCCACUUUUCGGGCCGGGGCCGGGGCUACUUCCCCGAAGAGCGCUGGAGCCCCGAGUCCCCUCUCCUCGCCCCGCGGGUGGUUGUGGCGCUCGUCUGCCGCAACUCGGCGCACUCUCUGCCGCUCUUCCUCGGAGCCUUGGAGCGCCUCCGCUACCCGAAGGACCGCAUUGCUCUGUGGGUGGCGACAGACCACAACAUAGACAACACCACCGCCCUGCUUCGAGAAUGGCUCAUCAAGGUGCAGAAUGACUAUCACUAUGUGGAGUGGAGGCCUGAUGAUGGAUCCAGUGCCUUUGAGGAUGAGGUGGGGCCCAAACACUGGAAUAAUCUUCGUUAUGAACACGUAAUGAAACUUCGUCAGGCGGCACUGGACACAGCCCGUGAGAUCUGGGCUGACUACCUCCUGGUGGCCGACUGCGACAACCUGCUCAUCAACCCAGAUGUAUUGUGGAAACUGAUGAGCGAAAAUAAGACCAUUGUUGCUCCAAUGUUGGAGUCCAGAGCCGCAUACUCCAACUUCUGGUGCGGCAUGACUUCACAGGGCUACUACAAGCGAACGCCAGCCUACAUUCCAAUCAGGAAGCACGAGCGUCUCGGGUGCUUUGCCGUGCCGAUGGUCCACUCAACGUACUUGGUGGAUUUACGGAAGGAAGCCUCUCAUCAGUUGGCUUUUUACCCACCACACCCGGAGUACAGCUGGGCCUUUGAUGAUGUCAUCGUCUUUGCCUACUCCGCUCGCAUGGCAGAUGUUCAGAUGUAUGUGUGCAACAAAGAAACCUAUGGAUAUUUUCCUGUGCCCGUGCGUUCCCACGCUACUUUGUUGGAUGAAGCAGAGAGCUUCUUGCACACUCAUUUUGAGAUUAUGGUGAAAAAUCCUCCACUGGAGUAUUCCAGCUUCCUGACUCUUCCUCCAAAGCAGCCCAACAAGAUUGGCUUUGAUGAGGUCUUCAUGAUAAAUCUGGUGCGGCGAGCUGACCGGCGUGAGCGCAUGCUAAGAACUUUACACGAGAUGGAGCUAAGCUGUAAAGUUAUUGCUGCUGUGGAUGGCAAAGCUCUGAACAAGAGUGACAUCAAGGCGAUGGGGAUUAAUAUGCUGCCGGGGUACAAAGACCCAUAUCACGGUCGACCUCUCACCAAGGGUGAACUGGGUUGUUUCCUCUCUCAUUACAACAUCUGGAAGGAGAUCGUAGAUCGCGGUCUGCACACAUCCCUGGUCGUUGAGGACGACCUGCGCUUUGAGGUGUUCUUUAAACGCCGUCUCCAGGCGCUGCUGCAGGAGGUGACCACACACAAGCUUGAGUGGGAUCUCAUUUAUAUUGGACGGAAGCGAAUGCAGGUGGAUCAUCCAGAGAAGUCAGUACCAAAUGUUCACAAUCUGGUGGAGGCUGACUACUCCUACUGGACUUUAGGCUACAUGUUGUCCUUGCAAGGAGCCCAAAAGCUCCUCAAGGCUGAGCCUCUGAAAAAGAUGCUUCCUGUUGAUGAGUUCCUUCCUGUCAUGUAUGACAAACAUCCUGUUUUAGACUACAUGGAGCACUUUGAGGAUCGGAAACUGCGUGCGUUCUCCGCAGAACCGCUUCUGGUGUAUCCGACCCACUACACAGGAGAUGCAGGCUACAUCAGUGACACGGAGACCUCAGUAGUCUGGAACAAUGAGACAACCAAAACUGACUGGGACCGAGCCAAGUCCAGGAAAACUCAGGAGCAGGUGGAGCUAAGCCUCGAGGCACAGAACUCUGAUGUACUACAGUCUGAGCUGGAGAACUGGAGUGCGCGGGAUGAAUUGUGAUGCCUUCGGAGAGCGCUCCGUGGCACACACUGAGCAGGUUGACAUACUGUACAACAGAACAAAGCUGUGAUAGUGGGAGGAAUGUAAAAGAGGCUCGAAAGAUAGACACAGGUCCAGUGAGGCUUCUACCAUCACUUGAUUUUUCUCUUAAAGGAGGAGGUUCGAUAUAAAGGUAAAAUAACUCUUGAAGAGUCAUCAUUCGGGUAUCAUUCGUUCUUUCCUUUUUCAAUUUGCAAUCAAAAAUCAAAGCUUGAAAAGUAGGACUGAUUAUUUUAUUUGUUUCUUUAAUCUAACAGAUUUUUCACAUUUCAGUUUUAGUCUCCAUCCAUCCUCCGUACUGCUUAUCCUCACUAGGGUCACAGACGUGUUGGAGCCCAUCCCAGCUGACUCCGGGCGAGAGGAGGGGGUACACCCUGAACUGGUCGCCAGCAAAUCGCAGGGCAAAUAGAAACAAACAACCAUUCGCACUCACAUUCAAUUUAGUCUUCAAUUAACCUACCUUGCACCUUUUUGGGAUGUGGGAGAAACCACACAGGCACGGGGAGAACAGGCGAGGCCUGGAUUUGAACCCAGUCCUCAGAACUGUGAGGCAGGUGUGCUAAUCAGUUGACCCACUGUGCCUUAAAAAAAAUGUAUUAACUAACAGAUGAACAACAAUGCACAAAUCAAAUACUUGUACUGUACAACAGUCAACACAAUUUGAAGUGCAAUAAAUACAAUUGAAUAAUACUGCUUCUGGAGUAGAUGCAUCACAAUGUACGUAAAACCAUUCAUUAUUCAUUCAUGCUGUGGUAUGGCCUUUUAAUUAAAAAAAAAAAAAAAAAAAAAAAAUGUAACUUAAAUAGCCUUCUGUUCAUUAUUCUUAUUAUUUUUUAAAUAUAACACAUACAAAUACUUAUUUGCAUGAUUUCCUUUCCUUGCUGCUAAAUUGCAAACUUCACAAGCGGACUCUCCAAUUUGUGGCUGUAUUUUCCCUUGGCAAGUUUUCACACAUAUCACCUACCUCCACUACGAGCCUCUUGCUUGUGUCUGUUACAGUCAUAGUCAAAAUAUUAGACAGAGUAGAUAGAUAGACAGACAGACAGCUAUAUUUGCUUACUUACUUGAACUAACAACAAUUAGUUCAAUACAUGAAACCGAUUACAUAAAUAAUUCAAACACAUUUGUUUGAUAUAAUAUAGCUGACAUGUCAUUUAAAGGAUCAUAGUCAUGGUCCGGACUGAUUGUGGCGGCUAAUAAGCCAACGUAGAUUUACUAAUGCUCAGUAUCGAACUUUUGGGUCAUGUAAACACGGCUAAAUAAAUCUUAAAAUCUAAUUCAGUACCAUUCCAUUGCAUAUUUUCGAUCAUAGCCUAAAAUUUAAAAAUGGAAAAUCUGUUUUUUGUGUGUGUGUGUGUUACCUUACAUUAAAAACAAAUAAUGAACAAAUCAGUCAUUUUAUAAUUUUCUUAAAUUUUUAAUUGCCAUUUGAAUACGGAAAGAAUGAAUGUUACAAGGGUUACGUAGCAGCUUUUGUUGUAUUUAUUGCGCCCCCUCGGUCCAGAUGUGACUAGGCUGAAAGAUGUCGUAAUCACUUAGCUACUACAUCAACCAGCUCUUUCAAAUAUUGUAUAUAAGGAGUAUUCAUUUUUUGUAAUCGAUUGGAAAAAUACAUUGAAAUGGUAAACGAUAACGUCAAACUAUUAAUCGAUGGUAUGCUUUGGGUUUCAAUUUGUGACUCGACUGGGCGGGGGGGGGGGAGUCUAUGCUUCUGAGUGAUGUCAACGUAUGCAAGUUUGUCCCACUUGUUUCCUCCAUCACUACCAGUUGCCUUGUUUUCCUCUGCUGUGACAAGUUCAAAGACCAAUGACUGUAACGUUAGCCUCUAACAAAAUGCAUUGAUCUACAGUGUUGACACCUGGGGCUUGUUUUGACAGCGUAGGUGGGUGCACUAAUUCUAUUGCUCUUGGCACCAACUAUUUGUGUUUUAUUUAUUAUCCAUUUCUAACAUUACACAAUUAAUUUGUCACUAGUUAAUGUAUGUGUGUCAUUUUCUAUUAAAUAUCACAACACAA